AGAAUGAUCUUCGACGAGUUUUAAUUAACCCAAGAAGAGGAAGAUUCAUAGUUACAAUUUAGAUUGCAAUAGAUUUUAUAAAGUGUAAUAAUAUUUCACAAGAUCCUUCUUCAAAACAAAGUAGAAAAAAACUCUUGAAAUCCUAAAAGAUCUGCAAAGAAAAAAAAGAGAGAAGGAAAGAUGAUUCAGUUGCUGUUCAUUUUAAUGUUGUCUGAAAUGGCUGCGAUUUUGUUACUUCUAUUCAAAACACCACUCAGAAAGCUUCUUAUCAUGGCUUUCGAUCGGGCUAAGCGUGGUCGGGCCCCACUUGUUGUCAAAUCUGUUGCUGCCACCGUGUUCGUGAUCAUGAUGUACAAUGUUUAUGCUGUCCGGGACAUUCAGAGCCGUCCGAUUGAAUCACAUAAUACUACUGAUCAGAUACUCUUGGCUGACUACAUGCUCCAGGCUUCUCUCAUGGGAUUCUCGCUGUUUUUAUCUUUCAUGAUAGAUAAACUGCACCAUUAUAUCAGGGAACUUCGCCUGCUUAGAAAGGCCAUGGAAACGGCAAAGAAACAGAGUCAUAGUUUCGAGGAUAGCAAAAAUGGUGGCGCGGAGGAACUAAAAGACUUGGGUGACGAGGUCUCUAAUUUGAGGACAAAGAUCAAGGAGCUAGAAUCUGAAUGUGAGUCAAAAGACAAUGAGGUAAAAUCUGCUCAAAGCAAUUUCGUGGCCCUUAAAAGUCAGUCCGAAGGAUACACCCAAGAACUUUCACGCUUGCAGGAAGAAAAUAAAAACUUUCGAGACCAGCUGCAGUCUAUAGAUAAAAGUUUAUCGCAUUCCGAAGACAAGAAGAACAUGUAAGGGUAAGUAAUACCUGGUCACAAAAAGUCAAGUUCCCUUUUUAAAAUUUUAAAAUCUGUGGUCUGCGGUGCAUGUUACUCAGAUUAAAGAUACAUUACUAGUUUUACAGUAAGGAUCUGUCUUCUAGUAAAAAGAAUGUAGUACAGGAAGCAUCAAUUUUCUCUUAGUUUGUCAAUUUUCAAGUGAUAUAUACCAGUUUAUGGACUUGAGUAUUAUUACAUGAUCAGCAUUAUAUUGUCAAUCUUUAGAAAUUUUUUGGUGUGCUUA